UUCAUCGAGAAAACCCCCCGCCCAAAACUCUCUAACCUCUUCUAAUUCGGCUCUAGUAUAAGGCGAAGUAGACUGAAAUACCUGCAAUACGAAAACAACAUACAACAUAAAGUUUAAUAAACUAUGAAAAAAAUGACGAUAUACACUUCAUUACUUUCAAAAACACACUAAAAUAAACUUGCAUCGGAUAACGCCCUCUGUUCACACUUUCUCUUCAACCCCUGCACCUUUUCCCUCUGAUUCCUCAUCAAUUCAAGAAAGCAACACAGACCCAGAAAACAAUUAAAGUCUGGGAAUCCAUUGUUAUGCAGCUUGAUCACGUCAACGUUAAUGGAGGCGCGACCCCGUCCAGGAAAAGCUCUAUGAGUAGCAGCAACCGUACUAGCAUCAGCCGCCUCUCUUUUGAGCUUCCUGCCAGCUCCCCGGAGCAGGGCAAGGCGGGGCUGAGUCCCCGGGACUUCAGCCUCGUCCGCCAAAUCGGGAGCGGGGACAUCGGGAGGGUCUACCUCUGCCGCCCUCGCGGCGGCUCCGGCGAGAAAGUGUACGCCAUGAAGGUGGUGGACGGCGAGGCUCUGGCGGUGAAGAAGAAGACGGAGAGGGCGGAGACGGAGAGGAAGAUCUUGAGGAUGUUGGACCACCCUUUCUUGCCCACUCUCUACGCUGAGUUUCAAGUCUCCCAUUUCUCCUGCGUCGUCAUUGAGUACUGUUCCGGCGGCGAUUUGCACUCCCUCCGCCAUAAACAGCCCCGUCGCCGCUUCUCCCUCCCCUCCGCCAGGUUUUAUGCAGCCGAGGUUUUGGUGGCUUUAGAAUACCUUCACAUGUUGGGAAUCGUAUACAGAGAUCUAAAGCCGGAGAAUGUGUUGGUCAGAUCGGACGGUCACAUUAUGCUGACCGAUUUUGAUCUCUCUCUGUGCUCCGACGUGGUAGCUUCCGUUGAGUCGCCGGAGCGCUCUGCGGCGGCGGCAGCUCGUAUUCCAUCUCCGUUUUCUUGCAUUCCCGGUGGGCUCUUCAGGUCGAAGAAGAUCCGGACGGUUUCCGACAGCCCAUUGUUCGUGGCGGAGCCAGUCGCCGCCCGGUCGUGCUCCUUCGUGGGAACCCACGAGUACGUGGCGCCGGAAGUGGCGGCCGGCGAGUCCCACGGGAACGCCGUUGACUGGUGGGCCUUCGGGAUAUUCCUCUACGAGAUGAUCUACGGCCGGACCCCGUUCGCCGGCGCGUCGAACGAGAGCACGCUUCGGGGCAUCGUGAAGAAGCCGCUGGCGUUCCCCGACGAAGCGCCGGCCGGGGCGAGUGAGGCGCACGCGCGGGAUUUGAUAACGGCGUUGCUGGUCAAGGAUCCGAAUAAGCGGCUCGGGUCGAAGCGCGGGGCGACCGAGGUGAAGGCCCACCCGUUUUUCAGGGGGUUGAAUUUCGCGCUUAUAAGAUCCGUGACGCCGCCGUCUGGCCCGCGGUUCAGGAGAAACAAAACGACGCCGUCCAUUCGCGGGGACAGGCAACAUCUGCCGCCGUUUGAUUUCUUCUGAAGAAGACGCGACAGAGCCUUCGACGGGUAAUUUGGCGAGUUGCACACACUCGCCGCCUGGUUUUUUCUCUCACAUGAUUUUUAUUUUCCCUAGAAUUAAAAAAGACAAAAAAAAUUAAUGCUGUAAAUGGAUCCGGCCGUACGUGGGUAACUUUUUUCUCUUUCCACCCUCAUUUUUACCCGGCUCAAAAUGAGAACGAGAUAAAUGUUUUCAAUUUGAGUGGGGUAAAAUUCUUAAGUAGGAUUUUCUCCAAAAAAGAAAAGGAAAAUUCUAGA